CGGUAAGAAACUCUCCAACCCAGACUUCGUGUCAUUUCUAUGCUCUCUCUGAUUUCAAUGCAAAAUUAUGAUUUACCCUUAAAACAAAUACUGAACGGAAUCCAAAUUGCUGUUAUAAUCUCGUAUCUCCUUUUGUCUGUUCUCUAUUUUUGCCAUGGUAUUACCCAGAAUCUGUAAAAGGGUAUUAAAACUAUCCCAAAUGACAGCUCAACUCAACCAUUUUCUUGCAUUCUCUCCUGUUUUCUUUGAAAAAUCCAAUCCUACACAGAACCCAUGUUUUCUUCUGCUUAAAGUUCGAUUCUUUUCCAGUGCUAGAUUAACCCACAACCCUAAAAUCUCCCAUUCUGAAUCAACUGAGUCACUAAUUUCGCUUUCUGGUAACCGGGUCUCUCGUACCGUUAGAGCUGAGGCUCAAGAUGUGCUCUUUGAGUACUUGCAUUCAACUAGGAGCUUCAGCUUUACAGAUGCUGAUCAUAUUAGCAAGAAUUCACCUCAUUUCCUUCAACAGUUGCUCUUCAAGAUUGAUAAUGACAAAGAUGUUGCUCGCUCAUUAGGUAAGUUCCUUAGGUAUAAUCCAAUCAAUGAGUUUGAACCAUUUUUUGAGAGCAUAGGUUUGUGCCCAUCCGAGCUCUCUUCACUACUUCCGCGGCACUUGUUUUUCUUGACUGAUGAUUAUUUAUUGCUUGAGAAUUUUCAUGUUUUGUGUGAUUAUGGGAUUCCUCGGGUUAAGAUAGGCAAGAUGUAUAAGGAAGCUAGGGAGAUUUUUAGAUAUGAUUUUGGAUUAUUGGUCCUGAAGCUGCAGGCUUAUGAAAAUUUGAGUCUAAGUAAAACCACAGUCAUUAAGCUUGUUAGUUGUUGCCCAUCUCUAUUGAUUGGCUCUAUUGACAAUAAUUUUGUUAAUUUUCUUGAGAAAUUAAAUAGAUUGGGAAUAGAGAGUGAUCAUGUUGGAGGGUACAUGUUGUAUAAGGACUCCUGUAAUUGGAAGAGAAUGCUGGACACUAUGGAUUUUCUUGAUAAAGUGGGUUAUAGUGAGGAACAGUUGUAUAACUUGUUUAAAACAAAUCCUCUGUUAGUGCUUGAAGGCUCUGGGAAGAGAGUUUAUGUAUUGUUUGGCCGGUUGCUCAAACUGGGUCUUGAUGUGAAUGAAGUUUAUAUGUUGUUUAUAGAAAAUCCACAAAUUUUGUCGGCUAAGUGUGAGAAGAACAUUUUGCAAGCACUAGAAUUUUUGCUGUACAUUAGAAUGAGAAUAGAAGAAAUUGCCAACAUUAUAUAUGAGCAUAUGGAACUCUUGUGCUCAUGUUCUUUGAAAAGACCUAAUUCUGUUUGUAAAGAAUUAAAUGUUACGAAAGAUGAUUUAUGCCAAAUUAUAAGGGAAGACCCAAUGAAGUUCUUCAACUUGGUUUCUAAGUCAAAAGGUAAAAGCAGUGAACAGAUACUGUCUGAGGAUCAAAGUAAGAAACGGGAUAAAGUAGCAUUCUUAUUGAGAUUGGGGUAUGUCGAAAACUCCGAUGAGAUGAUGAGGGCUUUAAAAAAGUUCCGAGGUAGAGGAGACCAACUACAGGAGAGGUAUGAUUGCCUAGUACAAGCUGGUUUGGACUGCAAUGUUGUCUCAAGCUUGAUCAGGCAUGCACCGAUGGUACUUAAUCAGACCAAAGAUGUUAUUGAAAAGAAGAUUGAUUGCUUGACUAGGUGUUUAGGCUACCCACUUACAUCAGUGGUGGCAUUCCCGACAUAUUUAUGUUAUGAUAUAGAAAGGAUUAAUCAUAGGUUUAGAAUGUAUGUGUGGCUGAAAGACAGGGGUGCAGCAAAACCAAUGUUGUCAUUAAGCACCAUCCUUGCUUGUUCAGAUGCGCGUUUUGAAAAAUAUUUUGUGGAUAUCCAUCCUGAAGGUCCUGCAGUGUGGAAAAGUUUACAGAAUAUGUCUUUGACAAGCUAAAGCAAAAGUUUGUCUUUUUUUUUUUUUUGUGGUGUAUAUUCCUCAUCCAUAUAAUCAACUGGAUGCCCUUUUGUCAGCAAUAAAUUGAUCUGCUGAGCGUUUAUUUUGUUGCUUUACUAUUGAUAAAUUUGUUGACCUCGUCCUCAUAUUCCCAUGGAACUAUUUCUUAACUUGCGGAUGGGGACGGUGCUUAUUUCUAUCUCUUACAAAUUGAUCUGCUGAGCGUUUAUUUUGUCGCA